GCUGCCAGGCACCCAAAGAAGAGCAGUAAUGAGAAGGAGACAGCAGCAAAAUAGCUCAGUUGUUCCUAAGAAAGAUCAACAUAUAACUCAUUGUUGGUCACAUUGCUUAUACUAGAAACCAAACGUUCAGACUUAGACGGCAUUUGUCGUUUAUACGCACACUGAGAUUUGAAAGUACGCGGCCUCAGAAGCCAAAUUUUAUGUGUGAAGUGCUAACUGUUAGCUGACAGGCUACCUAGCAUAGCCAUUGAAGCAAUGGCGUUGAAAAGAAUUCAGAAGGAACUGUCGGACCUGCAGAGGGAUCCUCCUGCCCAGUGCUCUGCUGGACCAGUUGGAGAGGAUUUGUUUCAUUGGCAGGCAACAAUAAUGGGUCCAAGUGACAGUCCAUAUCAGAGUGGAGUGUUCUUCCUCACCAUUCACUUCCCAACGGAUUACCCCUUUAAACCACCAAAAGUUGCAUUCACAACAAAAAUUUACCACCCAAAUAUCAACAGCAAUGGAAGUAUUUGUCUGGACAUUCUGAGGUCACAGUGGUCACCUGCACUUACAGUUUCGAAAGUAUUAUUGUCCAUCUGCUCUCUUCUGUGCGAUCCAAACCCAGAUGAUCCGCUGGUACCAGAGAUCGCCCACACGUACAAGGCUGACAGGGAAAAGUACAACAAACUAGCAAGAGAAUGGACACAGAAGUAUGCAAUGUGAGAACACCAAGGAGAUCAGAACGAGAUCAGAACUACAAGAACAAAAGAAACACAGAUGAUUUGUAACUUGAAGUAAAUGAGCAUCAAAGUAGUUGGGGGACUUUGGGGGAGGGGGGUAAACUAAACAACAGCCCACUUUUUGGAGAAGGAAGCGGUACUAUGAGGUACAGUGCCACUUGGCUUUGUGUGUGUUGAGCUGAUACAGUGUGCUCUGCUUCAUGACUUGUAUGGAUCUGCUGAGCAGGACCUAAUGGACUCCUUAAAGCACUCCCACAUGGAAUACCAGAAAACUCUUUACAAUCCCUACCACCGUACUCAGACUUUAAACUGUUACUCUUGCUAUUGUGAUGAUCAUUAUAAUUGUUGCUUUCUAUAAGCAUCAUUUUUACCAUCAUUGAGUCAUAUCGUCGUGCUACUCAGAAACAAAAUGUUUGAUUUAGGAGAUUAUUUCUCCCUUCAUUUCAGAGGUACUAUCUGCACCCCACUGGAUGUCUUGUUACUGUAUUUCAUGUUUUCUGGUGGCCUUUCUGUGUUACGUUGAUGUGCAAUUUAGACAGAAUGUUUCCUGUUGAACACAAAAGUGUGCAGUGCCAUUACCAGCAGCUGAUCUGUUGGCACGUAACUGUCUCUGCCCUGAAACAAUGUGAAAGGUGUUAAGAAGGAUUUGUCUCCAUCAUCCGCUGCAAUUGGAGUUGUAACAGUAUUGAGUUGUUUUGAAAACACUGGGGAGCUGCUGUUUAUAAGUUAGCGGGUAGGUUAACGUCCACCUCCAUCUUUCUCACACAUGCCAUCGUUCUUCUGUCUUGAAUAAUAAAUGACGGCUGGUGUCCAUAGUGCUCAAAAACUACUGCUGUUUAACAUGUUAUGCUGUGUAGCUAUGAAUGUGGCUACUCUUUGUCGUGCAGUCAUAGCUGUGCGCCACUUCCUCAGUACAGUUACUCAGGUAUCUUUAAGAAGAUCAUCAGCCUUUUACAUGCGGUGACCCAUGGUGAGAAAAAUGAUCAGGGUUAACACAGUCCGACUUCUAAAAAUAGCACUUGCCUAAUUUUGCGGUUCUGUUCAAAUAACGACCCAUCACUGACUGCAACUUACUGCAGUGUGAUCAAAGACAUACCACAAUGGGUCUGUGCUGCACAGAAAUAUAUGCUGUCCGAAACAUACUGUUACUCUCAUUAUUUCUCUCCACUUAUUUCAGUGUUUUUAAAGCGACUGGUUGUGUGGUUGUGAACAGCUUGCAAAUGAUGCUGUUUUUGAACAGACUUGAUGUUUUGCAGCUCUCUGUCACUUACAGUCAUAACAUUACAGUUUGGUAUGCUUUAAAUAUCAGGAUUUAUGUUCAUUUUCAUCAUUGUUCUGCCUUUUUUUUUUUUUUUUUCCUCCAUUAAUAAGCAACACUGACAGUAAACUUUUUCCUU